CGAGUCACUGACAGAUUUUCUGUACGAUGUAUGUAAAUAGAUCCCUGUCAUACUGUCGCUUGCUAUCUACAUAAGAGAAAUAGAUUUAUUUUCUUUCUUCCUGUGCAAUGAAUUCCCUAGAAGUGGCGUGAGAGUUCUAACACUUCAAAUAUGAAGAGGAAUUUCACUUCUCGACCUAAGGGAUGCAUCGUACUGAUCACACGCUUCGGGUAGGCGGUCCGUCUACCUCUCGCAAAACAGGUAACCUGUCAUGAUCUCGGAAGAUAACACUUCCUCAGUGUGAAUAGUGUAUAUAACUCACACGUAAAUGUUCGCCUACAGCAACACUUUCAAUAGCUAAGUGACGAAGGUUUGUUGCUGUUAAUGUGCUCCGUGUGUUACCUUAUGAUACCCCGAGUCACUGGUGAAUAUCAACAGAGGGGCAAUAUGGCGGCGUUUUUGUGUAUGCAUGUCCUCGGGUCCGUGUUGUUAUUUGAAACUGUUCUUGCGGCAACGACAGUAGCGCCAAACAUUACUAGCAACGUUGGAGGAAGCGAAACAGCGUCCCUUUCUACAACCCCCAAACCAACAAGGAUAUACAAUGGUGUACAAUGUGAGCUCAUUCCUUCAGAUUCCAAACUUUCCGACGCGCUUAGCGAAGCUAAGGAAAGCGGCACGAAACUGAUUAAGUUUAAUCUGAAAAUAACAGGUUCUCAUGGAGAUAUAUUCACGAAUGACAGUGAUUUGUUUCGUCCGAAUAUGUGGAUAAAGACUACCAGUACUCAAGGACGAAGUUUACUGAUGCUGGAUGACAACUUCGAAGUUCUGUCUUUGUCGUUGCUUGGAAUAGGAGUUGCGACCAUAGACGUGGAACUUGACGAGAAGCCACUUGGAUGUGUGACUCUUUUGACAACCGAGCAACGAGUUAAUUUGACAAGGUAUUUGGUAGUUAAUGAUUUCAGGUUACCUGGGCCAGGUGAGAAGAGUCUGAGUCUUAACAAGGAUGAACUCAUAUGUAACAUGCGAAUAGUUCCUGAGAGUGGAAGAGCUAACUUUCUCCAUCAUUGUUGUCACAUUGAUUCACAGGGUGACACCUUCUGUGAAGAUGUUCAUCCAGAUAUAUGGAUCAAUGUGCUUCUGACGUGCAUAUUAAUCAUCAAGGUAUUGGUUGUUCUAUAUAGUCCUUCAUUUAUCCCUGAAACUCUUUACAGAGAUAAGUACACUGCUACAGAUUAUGCUUAUCCAUUUCCUGGACAUAAUGAGAGAAUUAGGAUCGUGACGACCUCUCGAGACGAUGUCUAUCCAACUGAAAUCCCUCGAAUCAGACUUAGUAAGUUUGAAGGAUUAAAUACGCUAAAGAAGUCUCUCACCGAGCUUCAGGUUGACAAAAUAUAUGAACUCACCAAGAUUCACCUCUCCGUGGAAGCUGGGAAACUUUUGUCCGAUAAUUAUGUGCCUGUUUCUGUCGUGAAAAUGAUAUAUGACAAUGUGUUUCGCUGCCAAAUCAGAAGGAUCCCUUUCCUCAAAUCCUGCUGUGACGCUGCACUAUGUGGGUUUAUAAAUGUUUGUAAAGUCUUCACCUGGUUCCGAUGUAUGAGAGUAUUUGCUCAACUGAUCUUGCUGUGCCUCCUAGCUGUGCCAUGGAUUAUCCGACUGGUUGUGUAUUACGCAUACGAGUCUGAUAUAAUAGAAGAGAAACGUCAAGCUGCCGAACGCUUGAAAACUGGAAUACCGUUAAACAGCAGUUUUAUACUGUAUCUUACCCCACUCCAUUGGAUAUUCUUUGUAGUAUAUACCAUUGUCUUGAUUGAUUUCUUUGUAUAUGGAGUCCUCAAAAAAUCUAUGAAAAAAAAGUUAAAGUUCAUUCUGAGAACCUCUUUGCAGGGUAUGAAUGGAAGGUCUAAUUUUAGUGCUUAUGGGUGGACGAUUGGCCUUGCACUUCUCCCCUUCAAGAGAUUUGGAUUACUUGGUUUUCUUCUGGUUCCACUAUACUGGAUCCUCCCCCUGCCUAUUGUGCUUCCCCUUCUGGCUUUCUACACAUUCCCAGCUCUUAAUUUCAGCAUCCGACUCUUCAUAUUUGUGUGCCCCGACAGCGUUGUCCACUCCUUCAAGAAGUUGUUUAAUUUCAUGAAACAAAUAUUAAAUUUAAAUAAUAUAGAUGAUGAGGAGUUUCGGGGGAAAGCAGAAAUGACAACAACCAAACUUUUCAUUCAUCUCUUUAUCAUCAUCAUAUGCCUCACAUCAUUCUGGUCCCUUACGUUCCUGUUGAUGGAGUGCCUGUCAUUCUUUGUGGAAGUUGGAGUGUACACUCUAAUGGGCAUCAUUGUGAAUUCUCUAGCUACUAUGAAAUAUGUUACUGUACUGUUCCUCAUCGGGUGGUAUGCUAAAACAUCCCUUAAUGAAGUAUACGAGAAGUAUCUGGCAUACCAUAAGAUCAUCAGAGGUCAGUUGCUCACCAUGAAACACGAUGAGAUGAAAACUAUAGGUAGAUAUGACCCUGAUGUGCAAGAAAGCACAACGUUCCGUGUCCAGAGCUCCAAUGGUGCUGAUGGCAGCUCUUCGGGAAUUGGACUGGGCAUGGUGGAUGGAAGUCUAAAAUGGAAGACAAAGGGUCUUCUUGUGUUCCUCAACAACAUGGACCGUUCCUUCACACCAGAAAAGUUCUUCUUUGAGACAAUAAAAAUGAAUCACGAUGGCUGCCCUGGUAAAUUGUGGAAAAAUACCUUAGCUGCCUUUUACAGCUUCGUGAAGAUCAUGGUGUUCCUAUUUUUCGUGGUGCUUGUGGUGCUCGCCUUUGGAACCCAGAUCUCCACAACAAACCAGAUGCUUGCUACAUUGGCGGGAGGAUUUAUUCCUUUUGUGUUUAGGAAAUUCUUUAUGAGUGGAUCUGGGUCAUUGACCGUUCAUACAGAGAGCAUUCAGUUUCUAGCAGAAUUCAACAAAACUAUCGCGAACUAUACACAGAAAUGGUCUGUUGCUGAUAGAAGCCUCACGGUUUCAACUGAUCAGAUGAAUCCCCCCAAACAAGGGUGGAAGCGAAGACGAUGACGUGAGUAACGAUAACUUGGACAUAGAACACACGAAGGAGACCGAUGGCACUUCCACUCAAACUGACAGACACAUCGACACAAUAGUCAUAUUGGAUUCCAACGACGACGUUCAGAUGGAGCAUGUUAAUGUCAAUAUAGAGAUGCAAGAGUUAAAUUUGAACAUGGACUCUGGUUAAGUUAUUCUUCCUAAUCCAAAUGUAUUGUUAUCUGUUAU